UGGAGCACGGCCUGAGUCGACUGGCCCAUUUUAGACAGCUGGCCCAGCAUGGGCUGCUGUUUGCAAGGGGCAUCCGCGGCCCGACAUCUCCAUUGACAGUCCUCCGAGCAUGCGGCGACCGCCGCCAAGCAUCACCAUCGACAGCCCAAAGGGCGAUAGCUGCACUUCCACAAGGAGAUUAUCCGCGAGCAGGAGGCUUUCCACUACCAUCCAAAUUGCCGACAUAGGCACUCCGGUGGACAUCAGGAGCCUCCAAAAGGCCCGGGAGCUCCUCGAGCAAAUCCGCCAUGAGCUGGGCGGCGACUCACCUGCCUUUUCGCCAUCCACGCGGAGGGCAGGUGAGAUGGCGAUCAGCUUCAAAGAGGCAUCGGCGCUGGGGGCCGCGCAGCUCUUCGAGCUGCAGCGGCUCUUGGGUGAGGGCAGUCGAGGCGCAGGGUCGGAGCGGCUCGCGGAGAUUCUCGCAAACCUGCACUUCUUCAAGAGGCUCACGCAGGAGCAGACGAUUGCGCUGGUCAGCAAGGCCCAGUUAGUGGAGGUGGAGGCUGGCGGGAUCAUCUACCGCGACGGCGAUUUGUUGGGCCACCUCUACGUGGUGCUGUGCGGGUCUGUGGCCAUCGACCGAGCUGUGGAAAAAGCAGGAUAUCGUCGCUGUUUCGUGUCCAGCUACUUUGACGGCCGCUCUUUUGGUGAUGGCUGGGACCGUGCCGGUCUGCCAGUGCGCUGCACAACCGCCGUGGCACAGGAGAAGUCCCUUCUGCUGCGCCUGGAGUCUGGCCACUAUCGGGAGGUCAUGCGCGAGGGGGAGGCCUACACGGACCAAACGGCCAAGCUGCGAUCCGUGCCCUUCCUCAAAGACUGCAGCAGCCACGAGCUGGAAGCGCUGCUCCCGAUGCUGGAGUCCUGCAGUUAUCAUCACGGCUUCAUCAUCCUUGAAAUGGGCCAGAAGCCGAACGUGUGCCACAUCUUGUGGGAUGGCCGCUGCCAGCUGCUUUCCGGCGGCCUUGAAGUCAAAGAACUUCUGCCAGGUGCCUUUUUCGGCCUCAGCUCCCUGAUCACACCUUGCGAGGCGGAGCUGCAAGUGGCGGUCAGCUCCAUGAGCGCUGACUUCUACCUGCUUAAAAGGAAAUCCUUGGCGCCUUUGCCGGACCUUGUGCAGGAACACAUCCUGGAGAGUGCGCAGAGCCUACUGCAAGCGAAGCAGGAUCCCAUCCAGAAUGAUGGCAAAGAGGUUGUCCGGCGAGACAUGAUCUGGCGGAAGCGGAAGCAGAAGAGCCUGGCCGAGGUCAAUCGGACCUCCUCGGGUGCUGCCAAGCGCGCCCAGCAGAUGCGAGUCUCCGCGUCUGGGGGUCUGUGGCGGCCCCCGGGGGUGAGGCCGACGUUGCAGCGCCCUGCAUCCGCUGUUUGUUUGCGCGGCGCGACUGCAGGGCCCAGCGAGCGCCCGAGCACACCGGGCAAGCGCACACCGGGCAAGAGCCGGCUCAGCUCCCUGUCAGCAGGAGGACUGACACCAAGCUCCAGGGGCCUCUCGCGCGGUGGGCAGAGCCCAUGCAUGCUGAAUCGCCUACCAGCGUUCUCGCCGGACGGGCGGCCCAUCGCGGUCUUCGGGCGGACGGCAGAGGGCUUCGUGAUGCUGCCGUUUCCGGCACCCUUGUCCGCUCUGGGGGUCUGAGGCUCCACCUCUUGCUGUGCUGAAAUGGGGCACAGUGACCCUUCAACAUGGAGGGUCUAGGUGAGCGUCGUGUGGGGCUUGCGAA